CCGCCCCUCCCGGCGCGGCGCGGAGCGGAGCGGCGCUGCCUGCACGGCGCGCGCAGCGGCGGCCCCGAGCCCCAGCCGGGCGAAGAUGUCCCACGAGAAGAGCUUCCUGGUGACGGCCGACGGCUUCCCGGGCCCGCAGCCCCCGGCCCCCGCGCCCUACGGGCAGCCGCCGUACCCCGCCGGGCCCUACCCGCCGCCCCCGUUCGCCCCCGCGCCCUACGGGCAGCCCGGCUUCGCGCCGGGGCCGGGGCCGUACCCCGCCGGGCCCUACCCGCCCGCCCCGUACCCCGCUGGGCCGUACCCCCCCGCAGGGCCCUACCCGCAGGGCCCCUACGCCCAGCCGCCAUAUGCCCAGCCGCAGCCCAUGGUGCCCGGGGACCAGGACUCCCCGCUGCACAGCACCUACCACGAGGACGGGCCGCCCUCCUACUACGACAACCAGGACUUCCCCUCGGCGCACUGGGACGACAAGAGCAUCCGGCAGGCCUUCAUCCGCAAGGUGUUCCUGGUGCUCACCCUGCAGCUCACCGUCACCUUCGCCUUCGUGGCAGUGUUCACCUUCGUGAAGGGCGUGAAGGGCUUCGUGCAGCGCAAUGUCUGGACCUACUACAUCUCCUACGCCGUCUUCUUCAUCUCGCUCAUCGUGCUCAGCUGCUGCGGGGACUUCCGCCGCAAGCACCCCUGGAACCUGGUCGCACUGUCCAUCCUGACCGUCAGCCUGUCCUACAUGGUGGGGAUGAUCGCCAGCUUCUACAACACUGACGCUGUCAUCAUGGCCGUGGGCAUCACGGUCGUCGUCUGCUUCACGGUCGUCAUCUUCUCCCUGCAGACCAAGUACGACUUCACCUCCUGCCGGGGCGUGCUCAUCAUCUGCCUCGUCGUGCUCAUCCUCUUCUCGAUCCUCUGCAUCUUCAUCCGGAACCGCAUCAUGGACAUCAUCUACGCUUCCCUGGGGGCCCUGCUCUUCACCUGUUUCCUGGCGGUGGACACGCAGAUGAUCCUGGGCAACAAGCAGCUGGCGCUCAGCCCCGAGGAGUACAUCUUCGCCGCCCUCAACCUCUACACAGACAUUAUCAACAUCUUCCUCUACAUCCUGGCCAUCAUCGGCAGGGCCAAGGAGUAGGGUCCCCACCGCCACAAGUAGCCGUGCCCCGCGGUGCGCGGCGCCCUCCCCUCGCCCCAGCACGUUCCGUUCGGUGUUCUCAUCGCCCCCCCCUUGUCCGUUCCCCUCUUAGAGUCUCUCUGCCCCCUGCCACCUCCCUGCCCGCGGCCAGGAGCUGCCGGGGGGGCGCAGGGUGCCCGGCACCACGGGUGGCAGCCUGGGCCCCGUGCCGGGUGCGCCGCCCCCCGCUCAGCCCCCGCUUCCUCCCCCGCUGUGAAUAAGGCGCCCCCCCCCUCGCGUUGAAUGACAAUUGGAAGCACUUUCUCACCCAGCCCGCGGUGGAGCUCGCCCCGUCCGUCCUUCCUCCCCGCACGCGUGCUCUGCCCUCACCCCCUGCCCCUCCCCACGGCCAUGCAGGCCCGGGGGGGGCUCCUGCACCCCCGGCUCAGGCAGAGCUGCGAGCAGGGUCCCACCGGGCCAGGCGCCGCUUGCUGCCGGAGCGUCCCUGCGGGGCCCCCACCACCCCCGGCACCCCCAGCCCCUUCCGCGCGCGGCCAGAGGCUCCGUCCUCACCCCGUUCUGUGGCUCCGGUUCUGCCGUUAAUAAAACUGUUUAGUU